CAGUCCCCAGGUCAACCGGCCCAGCCCGCGCCCAUGGUGCAGCUCCACCAGAAGCAGAACCGGAUCACGCCCAUCCAAAAACCGCGGGGGCUGGACCCGGUGGAGAUCCUGCAGGAGAGGGAGUACAGGCUGCAGGCUCGCAUCGCUCACAGGAUCCAAGAGCUGGAAAACCUUCCUGGCUCCCUGGCCGGUGACCUGAGAACCAAAGCUACCAUUGAACUUAAAGCCCUCAGGCUGCUUAAUUUUCAGCGCCAGCUGCGCCAGGAGGUGGUGGUGUGCAUGAGGCGAGACACGGCCCUGGAAACGGCCCUGAACGCCAAGGCCUACAAGCGCAGCAAGCGGCAGUCGCUGCGGGAGGCGCGCAUCACCGAGAAGCUGGAGAAGCAGCAGAAGAUCGAGCAGGAGCGGAAACGCAGGCAGAAGCACCAGGAAUACCUCAAUAGCAUCCUCCAGCACGCCAAGGAUUUCAAGGAGUACCACCGCUCGGUCACCGGCAAGAUCCAGAAGCUGACCAAGGCGGUGGCCACCUACCACGCCAACACGGAGCGCGAGCAGAAGAAGGAGAACGAGCGCAUCGAGAAGGAGCGAAUGCGCCGCUUGAUGGCCGAGGACGAGGAGGGGUACCGCAAGCUGAUCGACCAGAAGAAGGACAAGCGCUUGGCCUACCUGCUGCAGCAGACGGACGAGUACGUGGCCAACCUGACGGAGCUGGUGCGGCAGCACAAGGCGGCGCAGGUGGCCAAGGAGAAGAAGAAGAAGAAGAAGAAGAAGAAGGCGGAGAACGCGGAGGGGCAGCCCCCGGCGAUCGGACCCGAUGGCGAACCCCUGGAUGAGACGAGCCAGAUGAGCGACCUCCCCGUCAAAGUGAUCCACGUGGAGAGCGGCAAAAUCCUCACCGGCACCGAUGCCCCCAAGGCCGGGCAGCUGGAAGCGUGGUUGGAGAUGAACCCCGGGUACGAAGUGGCUCCGAGAUCCGACAGCGAAGAAAGCGGCUCGGAAGAGGAGGAGGAGGAGGAGGAGGAGGAGCAGCCUCAGCCCACGCAGCCGGCGCUGCCCGUGGAGGAGAAGAAGAAAAUCCCCGACCCCGACAGCGACGACGUUUCAGAGGUGGACGCCCGGCACAUCAUCGAGAACGCCAAGCAAGACGUGGAUGAUGAAUACGGGGUGUCUCAAGCCCUGGCCAGGGGCUUGCAGUCCUAUUACGCCGUGGCCCACGCCGUCACCGAGCGGGUGGACAAGCAGUCCACGCUGAUGGUCAACGGCGUCCUCAAGCAGUACCAGAUCAAAGGCCUGGAGUGGUUGGUGUCGCUGUACAACAACAACCUGAACGGCAUCCUGGCCGACGAGAUGGGGCUGGGCAAAACCAUCCAGACCAUCGCUUUAAUCACAUACCUCAUGGAGCACAAGCGCAUCAACGGGCCCUUCCUCAUCAUCGUACCCCUCUCAACGCUGUCGAAUUGGGCGUACGAGUUUGAUAAAUGGGCUCCUUCGGUGGUGAAGGUCUCCUACAAG